AGAAGUCCUCGUUUUCCUCUCUGGUUUUACGCCGAAUGGCAGAUUGAACCGCCUCUUGCUCCCAUUAUAUUCCUCCACCUGCCCCCCCUCUUACUCUCUCUCUCUCAUCUCUCUUUCUCUCUCUACUGUUAACCAAGUUUUUGUUCACUUGUUGGGUAGCUUAGGAUUUCCUUUCUUUUUUGGGUUUUAGGGGUGGGGGCUUUCUUUUUAACUCCAGUGCUGCUUUUUUAAUACUAUAUGAACACGAACCCUCUCUUGCCUUUUUUUUUUUUACUUGCUUCUGUUUUGGUUGAGUAAUUUUCCUGCUUCUUCUUCAACUCUGCAUGUGCUCCGCCCUCUUCUUCUCCAGUCUUCUUGAUAUAUAUUGAAAAAUCACUGCUGCCCUUGUGGGUAUUUUUUCCUGUGUUGAUCUCAAGUUGUUGAUUUGAAAAACCAAGUCAGAAAAAGAGGGUUUCUUUUCUUUAAAAGCUCACAUUUUGUUUGGAUGAUUCCAUGGCCAAUGGUGGAUAAUGAGGCUUGAAGUUUGAUUGAAGAGGUGGAAAUUUGUAUGUUGUUUGGGGGUCUAAUUUGAAGCUGUGUAGUAAGAAUUUGUUCGAAGAAAUCAAGAAAAGAAAAAAUGGCACCAGAUAACAACUGGCUUUCGUUCUCACUGUCUUCUAUGGAAAUGCUGAACCCUUCUUCCCAGCCUGCCGCUGCCAUGCUGCACUCAUCCUCUGCUGAUUCUCACCAUUUCUACUCUUUUGCCGAUAACUUCUAUGCCAAUGGGUGGGCGACUCAGAAACCUCAAGCCAUGUACGGAGAAGCUGAGAAUCAUCAAGUUUACAUGCAGCCACCGCCGAAGCUGGAGGACUUUUUCGCCGGCGGUGACUCGACGGAGACCCAAGACUCAUCCUUGACUCACAUCUACGACCACCAGACGGCAGGCGGCGGUGCCGCCUUCUUCGGCAACGGCGAGCAUCAAGAUCUCAAGACUUUUACGGGGUUUCAAGCUUUUUCUGCCAACUCGGGCUCGGAGGUGAACGACUCGGCGUUCGGCGGCCAGACUCAGUCUCCGGUGGAGUCGGGCAGCGAGCUGGUGGCGUAUUCUCAGUGCCCCAUUACUGCUAGCACGACUUCUAAUGCUUUGUCUCUUGGCGUUAAUAACAGUAGCACUGCUUUGUGCGCUGAGAACAAUAACAACACAGCCAUUGUUUCUGCUGAUUCUGAGAGUUGCAAGAAAAUCGCUGAUACUUUCGGACAAAGAACCUCCAUUUACAGAGGGGUUACGAGACACAGAUGGACAGGGAGAUACGAAGCGCAUCUAUGGGAUAACAGCUGUAGAAGGGAGGGCCAAGCAAGAAAAGGGCGUCAAGUUUACUUAGGUGGUUAUGACAAGGAAGAUAAGGCAGCAAGAGCAUACGAUUUGGCUGCUCUUAAAUACUGGGGUCCGACCGCCACGACGAACUUCCCGAUCUCCAAUUAUACCAAAGAACUGGAGGAGAUGAAACAUGUUACUAAGCAAGAGUUCAUUGCGUCGCUUAGAAGGAAAAGUAGUGGUUUCUCAAGGGGCGCGUCGAUCUAUAGGGGUGUUACAAGGCAUCAUCAGCAAGGCCGAUGGCAAGCAAGGAUCGGUCGUGUUGCUGGGAAUAAAGAUCUUUACCUUGGAACAUUUGCGACAGAGGAGGAAGCAGCAGAGGCAUACGACAUUGCAGCAAUCAAGUUCAGGGGAGUGAACGCCGUCACCAAUUUCGAGAUGAGCCGAUACGAUGUGGAAGCUAUCGCCAAAAGCCCACUUCCCAUUGGCGGGACUGCAAAGCGCUUGAAACUCUCUCUUGAGGCCGAGGAAAAGCUGCCGUUGAGCACGGCCCUACAAACUCCGUGCAGCAGCAACAGCAGCAGCAGCAUUAGUUUCUCCGCUAUCCAGCCCGCUUCCACCAUCCCCUGCGGUGUCCCCUACGACACAACGGCUCCGUUUUACCAUCACAACCUCUUCCACCACCUCAACUCCGGCAACCUUGCUGCCUCCAUCGACAACUCCGGCCCUGUCUCGUCCAUGGUAACUUCCGUGAAUCUGAUGCCGUCUCCGCCCGAGUUUUUCAUUUGGCCUCACCAGUCCUAUUAACAUGAUGAUGACAAUAUGAUGCUACCUUAGCUUUAGCUACUAUAUAGGCAAUACUGGUCUUCUACUAAUUAAUGUUUUAACCCGUAGCUGUUAUUCGUGGUAUUUGUUGUAAAACUGAUGUCGUUUCGUCUGACCCGCUAAGCUUUUAGGAUUAGUUCUUGAAUCUUCGGGCACAUAAGGUACUACUGAUGAUGUUAAGGUUGAAAAGGUUAAGGUAUUUAGUUCCUAGGUAGAAGCUGGAAUGCUGUAAGUAGCUUCUCUUUCGAUAGAUGUAUGCUUAAAGAACGAUACGGGAGCUGAGGCAUCGGGUAUGGAUUAAUUUUCAAGUGGUUUUCCAUUCCCAGAUGCGCUGCUCCUGUGAAUCAAAGCAAUUUUGCUGAAUCAACAUAGAAAAAUAUCAUACAAAUUAAAUCCUUA